AGUCGAUACUGAAAUAGACUCUAACAAGUGCUGAGAGGAGAGAAAGAAGAGAGAGAGGAAAAAAGAAGAAAAGGAAGGUACUCUUGAAGCCACGAACGGACAAAGAAUGAGUCGCCGGGAGCCAGGGCUGGAUGCGGAUUGCCAACGCAGGCAGUAGGUGGCUGAGAUGGGCGUUCCUCUAGGCCGGUUGAGCGCCUCCCUGUGGCCGCUGCUGUUGUCGCUGCUGUAUGCUGCCCCCUACUGCCUGGGUCGUCCUUUCGGACCGCCCACGGUCAACGUGGCGGUGGUGUUCAGCGGCUCCACCUACCACUCGGAGAUCAAGGGCCGUCUGAGUCGGGAGAACUUCAUGGACAUGCCUCUGGAGGUGAACCCCAUCACAGUGUUGGUGAACGACACCAACCCCCGCGCCCUGCUCACCCGCAUCUGUGACACGCUGGCCACCAACCGUGUGCACGGCGUGGUCUUCGAGGACAACAUUGGCUCCGAGGCUGUGGCCCAGAUCCUGGACUUCAUCUCCACGCAGACAGCCGUGCCAAUCGUGGGCAUCAGCGGGGGCUCUGCCGCUGUCCUCCCGCACAAGGGCGAUGGCUCCACUUUCCUCCAGAUGGGCUCCUCCAUUGAGCAGCAGAUCAAUGGCAUUUUCAAAGUCAUGGAGGAGUAUGACUGGGGCAACUUUGUGGUGAUCACCAGUCUCUACCCAGGGUAUGAGGACUUUGUGGACUACAUCAGAUCCUUCACAGACACCAGUUACUUCCUGUGGGAGCUGCAGGAUGUGCUGAGCUUCGAGAUGUCAGAAGGGGCCAGUGACACCCGCACACGCAGGCUGCUGCAGCAGGUGGACGCCCAGGUGCUCUUGGUUUACUGCUCCCACGAGGAAGCCGAAUACCUCUUCAGAAUGGCAGCCGACGCAGGCCUCGUGGGGCCUGGCUACAUCUGGAUUGUCCCCAGCCUGGUGGUGGGAAACCCCGAUGUCCUGCCCCCCGACAGCUUCCCCGUGGGGCUUAUUAGCAUCAUCACGGACCGCUGGAAGAAGAGCCUGCGGCAGAGGGUGCGAGACGGAGUGGCCAUCGUGGUCAAAGGGGUGGAGAGCUUCCGCAGGCAGCAGGGCUUUAUCCCUGAGGGCCACAGCGACUGCCACACUCCUGUCAGGCAACUCACCAACAACACACUCUUCAGCCACAUGUUGAACGUGACGUGGGAUCACAAAGACCUCUCCUUCAACAGUGAUGGGUAUCUGACCAAUCCCUCCAUGGUGGUCAUUACUCUGGAUCGGGAACGGCAGUGGGACAAGGUAGGGAGCUACAAUAUAGGGAUAAUCCAGAUGCGCUAUCCAGUGUGGCCACGCUACGGCAGCUUCCUGGAGCCUGUUUCUGAUAACCGCCACCUGACCGUGGCCACCCUCGAGGAGCGACCUUUUGUCAUUGUGGAGAGUGUGGACCCUGUCACCGGAACCUGUGUCCGUAACACCGUACCUUGCCGACGCCAGUCCAACCGAACAGAAGUUGUUGUGGGUCACUCGGAGCCUUACACCAAACUCUGCUGCAAGGGCUUCUGUAUAGACAUUCUGAAGAAACUGUCUCGCACCAUCAAAUUCUCCUAUGACCUGUACCUGGUCACCAAUGGCAAACACGGAAAACUGGUACGAGGCAUCUGGAAUGGGAUGAUCGGAGAGGUGUUCUACAAGCGUGCUGAUAUGGCCAUUGGUUCCCUCACUAUUAAUGAGGAACGGUCAGAGAUCAUUGACUUCUCUGUGCCAUUUGUUGAAACUGGAAUCAGCGUGAUGGUGGCCAGGAGCAAUGGCACCGUGUCUCCUUCUGCCUUCCUUGAACCAUACAGUCCAGCAGUGUGGGUGAUGAUGUUCGUGAUGUGCCUUACUGUGGUGGCCAUCACUGUGUUCAUCUUUGAAUAUUUCAGUCCUGUGGGAUACAACCGCAGUUUGGUCAGUGCAAAAGCUCCUGGUGGCCCCACCUUUACCAUAGGGAAGUCUGUCUGGCUCUUGUGGGGCAUCGUCUUCAACAACUCAGUCCCAAUAGAAAACCCAAAAGGCACCACCAGCAAGAUCAUGGUCCUGGUGUGGGCAUUUUUUGCGGUCAUUUUCCUGGCCAGCUAUACUGCCAACUUGGCUGCCUUCAUGAUACAAGAGCAGUACAUCGAUACAGUCUCUGGGCUCAGUGACAAAAAGUUCCAGAAGCCACAAGAGCAUUACCCACCCUUUCGGUUUGGCACAGUUCCCAAUGGGAGCACUGAGAGGAACAUUCGUAGCAACUACCCAGAUAUGCACACCCACAUGGUCAAAUACAACCAGAGAGGAGUUGAGGAUGCCCUUAACAGUCUUAAAACAGGGAAGCUUGAUGCCUUCAUAUAUGAUGCAGCGGUGCUCAACUACAUGGCUGGCAAAGAUGAGGGCUGCAAGCUGGUAACCAUUGGCAGCGGGAAGGUGUUUGCCACCACAGGUUAUGGCAUUGCCCUGCAGAAGGACUCCCGGUGGAAGCGUCCCAUAGACCUGGCCCUGCUCCAGUUCCUAGGAGAUGGGGACACUCAGAGGCUAGAAACAGUGUGGCUCUCAGGAAUCUGCCAGAAUGAGAAGAAUGAGGUGAUGAGUUCCAAGCUGGACAUUGACAACAUGGCAGGAGUCUUCUACAUGCUGCUUGUGGCCAUGGGCCUCAGCCUGCUGGUGUUUGCCUGGGAGCACCUACUUUACUGGAAGCUGCGACAUUCUGUUCGCAAGUCAGACCGCCUGGACUUCCUGCUCGCCAUCAGCAGGGGCAUCUACAGUUGCUUCAAUGGUGUAGAAGAUCCAGACAGGUCUGUCAGUAUCCAAAACCCAGACAUCACUACCAACUACGCCCAGGCAAAUAUGCUAAAGAUGCUACAGACUGCCAAGGACAUUGUCUCCUCAGCCAAAGUGGAAAACUCCUUAGACAACGCCACUAAGACCAUCGAGAACUGGAGCCGGCACAGUGACGUUAAAGCUGGCCUUUCCACCCGCAUGCCACCGGUGGCCACCUCUGAUAUGGUCCCUGGUCGCCUGCCAUACAUCUCCAGCAUCACUGAUAACCACUCCCCCUUCCCACAACGUGCCCUUACCCCUACAUUCACAGUGCACUAUGGAGAGAACACCAGCCAGCCGCUAAUGGAGAAGCAAAAAGUCCUGGCACGUCCCACCCCACUCCGCUAUACACUGCCUGCCCGGGGCAGCCGCCUCUAUGACAGGACGCUGCCCAUCUCCAGCCUCAGCAGCCCCCAUAUUGCCAUGAGGGAUGCCAUUCCCACUGUCAAUAAUCCUCACCACAGUGGCAGGAUAUAUAUGGACAGCCAGACCCGGCACCCCAGUUCCUCCUUUGUUCCUUACAGAGAUCUUCAUGUUCCGGACAUCUACGUGGAGCACACAGAGCCCCCGUGCCGUAAGAUUCCCCCAGACGGCCUGAGGAGGAAGAGGAGGUCCCACAGCUACAUGGGGGAAUCCCAGGAGCCACAGAGACGGCACGACUACGAGGAGCCGGCCACGUGCUUCGCAGAACUCAGAGCCAAUCACCUCAUGGACAACCACGCUCCCACUGCCGUGGCCUGCAUCAAUAGCCCCUACUCACGGGCCAAUGCCAGCUGCAACUCCUGCAUCAGACCCUACAUUGAGCCAGAGCUGGAUGACGUGCCUCUGCUGGGGAAGGAGAAGCUGAACCGCAGGGCCUCCUUCCUCAAGGCCACCUGGGGCAGCGACAAGAUCCGCCAGCUGGACAACAAACCCUCCACCUCUGCCUCCACCCACAUAGACAUGCCGGACUUGUUCCCCCGUGUUGUGGCAACCAAGGCCCCAAAACUGUACAGCAGUGCAGGGAACAACCUGUGCUACCCGCUGCCAGUAGAGCACGCAUACAUCAACCCCGGUCGCAGCCAUCCUUACAAGGGGCACAAGCUGAAGUACUCACAGUCCACCCGGCUGCCCUCCUAUCGGGAGGCAGUUCUGCAGAACGCAGCGGCCCUGCGGAGGUCCUCCACUGUGGUGCACAGACAGUAUUCCUCAUACCUGAACUCUUACACUGACCUGCCGGUGUACAUGGGGCCACUGGCUCAGGGGACUGCCCAGUUCUACGAGCACUCUAAGGACAUGUGCAAUAUCUUCCCCUGUGUGGGCCACUGCCCUGAGGUGCCCAAGCAGAUAGUGUACCAGGACAGCUUGUAUGGGGGUUACGGGGAUGCUGGACAGGCGCGAGAGGUACCCCCACUGCCAGGUGCCAGUGGCAGGGAUAGGAGGCAGGUUGUGGUUGCCCGCAGAGUCAACAGUCCCUAUGUGCCAAAACCUUGGGGCAGGGUGUCAAGCCUGGAGUCAGAGGUUUGAGUCCUCAGGUUCACCUCCAGGCUGUAAUGUUGUUUUUAAUGGGCUGUCUUAAAAGCUGGAACUGACCCUCAGCCUUUGGUCCACGCAAAAAAUACAAACAUCUAACUGCGGACUUCGAAUUGUUUACUUGGUGCAAUAAUGUCUCGGCUGCAGGGAACCGGGAAAAGACAAUGAAAAAGAGUCACACCUCGAACAAGUAAACUUUAUUAGGAGAAAAGACAAUGUUGAAUAGAUUCGAAUACUGUAUCUUCCAAAUUUGAUGAGUUGAUUGUUAUUUACUAUUUCAAUGGCGUCUUGCUGUUCGGCGCCCACUUAGGUAAAAUACAUUAAUCAGCUACGAAUGGCAGCACAGCUUCACAGAGGGCUUUUGAACUAUAUUCAAAAAAUGUUUUUCUUUUUCUUUAUGAAAACCAUUUUAGUAUUCUUCCACUUAAUCUGAUAUGAAACUGAAUUUUGUAAUUGCUCUGCAGACAUAUCUUCCAACAUUUUUGUAAGAAUAGGACCUGGGAGCAUUGUUUGUUGAGACCUUUUCUCAAGUGGUUGCUCUGUCUGCUUGACUUGGAUUUCAGAAGAACAAAUUGAAAUUAUUCUAGUGUCUGUAUUACCAAGGUUCUUCCACUCUUUAAUAAAUCACUAAUGCCUCUUAGAGGGCCCUUUGGAGUUCUUACCAUUUUGUCUUUUUCUUAGGCUGGGGACUGUAGAAAGGCUUCCAAUAGACUAAGUGCUUCAAAAACAAGCACUUACAUACACAGUACUACAUCAUUUGGAGGGAUGGAUGCGCUCAUAGGAUGGUGUUUUUUGAAAAUAUACAAUAGCGACAUACCACCUCAGUCAUAUUUGCAUUCAUCACCUUUAACUACUACAGACUGCAAAAAUAUAGUCAAGAAUCUCCUU